AUGUCGGACGCCGAAUGGGAUAAUGACGAUUUUGAACCACGAGGUUUUCGUGCUCCAGUCAGCGACAAAUGGGAAGGAGAAGACGAAGAGGAUGAUGUUAAGGAUAACUGGGAGGAUGAAGAUGAUGAAAAGGAAAAGCCGGUUGAAAUAACGAUUUCAACUGGUGGGAUCCCAAUCUCGGAUGAUGUGAGGGCAUUCCAGAAAAAGAAAAAACGGCCCAUUGCAGAGAUCAUUGCUGAGAAAGAAGCUCAGAAAGAGAAGGAGUUACAAGAAGAAAAAGAAAAAGAGGCAGAAGACAAACGAGUCAAAUCUCCAAAUGAACAGGCUGCCGAAAAACUCCGUCAGAAAAAGCUCCAAGAGGAGUCUGAUUUGAAAUUAGCUAAAGAAGCUUUUGGUCUGUCAGAUAAUGGGGAGGCAGUGAUUGAUAAAAUGCAUCCUGAAGGAGAAGAAGAUUUUUUAAAAUUUGAACAGGCAUUAAAAGACAAAAUAACGACAUAUGAGAAAUCACCACAUUAUGCUGCAUUUUUAGACAAGUUAUUCACAGAUCUUGUUAUAAAUGUUGAAUCUGAAGAUGUUCGAAAACUUAGUGCAACACUCAACAGCAUGUAUCAUGAAAAGCUACGACAGCAAAAGGAAACUGAAAAGAAGAAAAAGAAGAAAAACAAAGCCUCUUUAAAAGUUACUCGUAAUGAUGACUUAACUGAUUUAGGCUAUGAUGACUUUGCUGAAGACUUCAUGCCACCAGAAUCUGUGUCUGGCUGGCCAGUGACUGCUCUUUCCUUUUCUCUCUUCCUCCCCACUCCCAAAAGGCUUUCUACCAGGUUUAGGGUAGCAUUUUUUCUUACAUCCUUUUUUCUUUCCAAGUCUUUUAAAAUCUCUCCCAAUUUAGUGUCCCCCCACCUUGAUUUUCCACUAGGUAUACAAGGGCCAAAAUCUGUUAAUGCCCCCCCCCCUCUCUCUCGGCUUGCUAAUAGGUGA